CGUUUAGACACUUGAAUGCAGCAUACGUCAUGUGGUAAAGGGACACUUUUCCACACAACUCAGGAUAGAUCUUCAUUGACCAUUUUAACCAUCUGGCAGUUUAUUGGUUAAUUAUCCAAAGUUAGCUGAAAAGUAAUAGAAAGUUGAACUUUAAGAAUAUACUCAGUGUGUGUGACCCACAGCAGCAGCGAGGGGGAGCCCACCAGCAGUCCUUGAACCGAACAUUUGUGAUCGAAGAGAGCAGAGCUUCUCCGUGACUGACAAGAACACAAAUCUUCACAUUUCUUAUUACAUUUUUAUGGAGGCUAUUCUGAACAGCAAACCAGAGGACUUGGAGGAUUACUACGGGUUAUUAGGAUGCGAUGAAUUGUCUUCGGUAAAUUCUAGACAGGGGCUUUAAGGACCAGUCUAUUUGCUGGGUGAAAUUAUGAUGUUUGAAUCAACAAACCAAAACCUACUGGUUCAAAUGUUCAGAAGUUAAAGAUACCGAAGAAUGAUGACUGAACAGAUUCUCAAUGAGUACAAGAUCCGAGCCUUGGCAUGUCACCCAGACAAACACCUAGACAGUCCAACAGCAGUGGCUGAUUUUCAAAAGCUCCAGGAAGCCAAAGAGGUUUUAUGCAAUGAAGCCAAAAGAAAAAACUAUGACAUUUGGGGAAGAAGUGGAGUUGCUAUUCCAUUUCAUGACUGGCAGGCCCUGAAUGACUCUGUGAAAACUUCAAUGCACUGGGCUGUGAGAAGUAAGAAGGAACCAAUGUUGGAGGCCUCAAAUGCAGAAAUCCCUGUUGCUUCCCAAGCAGAGGACCUUCAGACUGAGCCAGAAGAACAGAGGAUCCCUCCUUAUGAAGCCAGGUCAUCCGCAAGUGAUUACUGCCAUCGGCGUUUCCGUUGGGCCACUGACUCCCCAUCUAGUCUGCUGCAGAAGUUUAGAAACUAUGAAAUAUAAAUGAACCAACUGUGUCUUUCGGUUCAAAUGUUUGUGUUUUGUCUCUUGUUGUCCUAAUUCAGUUAGGGACCUGCUAACUGUGAAUUGUUGUGAAUAUGGUCCAUUGUAACUCAAUAAACUUAUUAUAAACUGGAUAUUGUGAGCUUUAAAUGUAUCUCGUGAAAAUACUUUGUCAAAGAAAUAUAAGCACAUGAGAGUAUGUGAAUCAUGUUUUAUGUUUGCUCCUUUGUUAAUUAUGUUCGCUAUCGUACAAUGGACUGGAUCAUAAAUGCUAUUGGUGUAUAAUUAAUGAUGUGUGUUUCGUUGUGCUGCUGUCAAACUCAUUAUGUUGGAAACAUUAAAGUAAAGCAGUAUAUUA